CGAGCCCCAUCCGAGCCAACCGGCACCGACUCCAGCUGUGUGGGGAAGCUGGACCCCAAAACCGACGCAUUUGACGUGUUGCAGCGUUUUGCGAGGACGGAAUUUAAAAAUCAAGAGGUGCGAUUUAGAAUCUACCAGGAGAAGCCCCCCCCCCCCCCCUCGCAGACUAACUAAGUUAAGGUGACUAACCCGCACAGGUAUCUGGGGUGGUGUUCAGGAUGCUUUGGUCCCGACAUCAGACCUGGAGGUAACCCCACGUUGUCUGUGCCGUUGCCUCCCUGUGCACCCCGGACUGGACAUGGUCCACUGGACCACACAGUGGGGGACAUGUGUCUGUGUCCAGACUCUACUGGCCUUAGCCCAGGCCAACGCUCCCUUGCUUGCCCCCAGCCCAGUCAACUUCUCUGUGGUUUACACAAUGCCCUUCUUUCAGGCCCGUGGCACCAUCCAGAACUUAGUCAAUAACUCACUCUACCAGGAGGUGUACAUUGCCUCUCAGAAUGUGAUCGAAGCUGUCAACAGAAGCUUGGAGAAGGUGUGGGAGCUCCGCACUGGGCCGGUGGGAAGCCCAGAGUGUCACAUAUGCGACUUGUGCGACAUUGACAAGGAUCCUAACAUCCUGGAGGAGACAAACAAUCAGGUCUUGCUGUUGGAUACUCUCUUUAUGUCUUUAUACUCUUGUGGAAGUUCUCAGUAUGGUGUAUGCUAUUUCCACCAACUAAACCCAAAUGGAGAGUCGCCUUCCCUUUCCAAGUGUUUGUUCAGAAAGGAUUCUAAUUCCGCUGCCUACUGUCCAGAUUGUUUGGCCAGCCCUCUUGGCACCAAAGUCACAAUGGUCGAAGAGGGUCAGACUGUCUACUUCUUUGUUGCCACCACUGUCAAUGACAGCGUUACCCAGCGGUACGCAAGGAAGUCCAUAUCAGUGCGUCGACCACUGGCCACAGAAGAUGGCUUCUACAAGGACGUGCGUGGCCUGACUGUCCUUCCUGGAUUGCGGGGGACAUACCAAAUUGAAUACGUCUACAGCUUUUUUACUCAGGAGUUUGUCUACUUCCUCUCAGUUCAGAGAGAGAGCCCCUAUCAGGACUCCUCUCCGUUUCAGACUCGCUUGGGCCGUCUCCCACGCAAUGAAUGGGAGAUGAAAAGGUACCGCGAGGUGAUCCUGGAGUGUCGGUUCGAACCAAAGCGCCGGAAGAGGAACGUAGCCAGCGAGCCCUAUAAGGACGUGGUGUACAACGUGGUCCAGGCAGCCCACUUUGGCAAGGCAGGCAAGGAGCUGGCAGAGGAGUUGGGCGCCGAGGAGGAGGACGACAUCCUCUAUGGGGUUUUUGCGGUCACUGAUGACAACGGGGUGACGGAGCACGACUCGGCCCUGUGCGCCUUCCCGAUUGACAACGUGAACAAAGCCAUCGUGGAUGGGGUGGAUGACUGCUGCAAGUCUGGACCAGAGCAGCUUUCCAGAGGUCUGUGCCAUUUCCAACCCUGUGAGAGCUGUCCACAUGAGAGCAUGGAGAACAAUGCCACAUGCAGGGACCAUCCUACUAUGAUGUCAAAGCCCUACUACAGAGUGGACCUCUUCAACAGGCAGAUGACAGAUGUCCUGCUCACAUCCUUGCUGGUCACAACUAUAGAGAACAAGACCGUUGCCCAUAUUGGCACCUCAACCGGACGCCUGCUGCAGCUUGUAUUGACAAGAUCCAGCCCUCUAAUCUUUGCCAAUUACUCUUUGGUAGAGAACCAGAGAGUCUCGUCUAUUGCUGCUGUUUACUCAGCAGAGUAUCUUCUCUUUGUGGUUGGAGACAAGAUGAUUCAGGUGCCCCAGAAAGGGCCGGGCUGUCAACACUUCUUGACUUGUGCCAUGUGCCUGACGGCACCGAAGUUCAUGGGUUGUGGCUGGUGCUCCGGAGUGUGCUCCUGGGAGAGCGAGUGUCACAGUCGCUGGAGGAACGAGUCGUGCCAGCCGGGGAUCACUGGGUUCUUUCCACGGACUGCUCCUCCUGAUGGUCAAACAGAGCUAACGGUGUGCGGAUGGGAGUUCCAGUCUCCCUUGAAACCUGCAAUCACCUCCAGAUCCCACCAGGUCCGACUGGGACAGACUCCAUGUACGGUGCUUCCAGUCAAAAGCAACAACACACACUUGGUAUGUAAGAUUCGCUCUGGGUCCAUUGAGCUGUCCAAACCAGUUAACAUUACAGUGGAGGUGCACGAGGGCAAGGUGGAGGGACGUUACUCUAUUGACGGGAAGGCAGAAAUGCCAGGAUUCACAUUUGUGAUUCCCAACAUCACAGAAAUCCAGCCCAACUAUGGACCUCGUGUUGGGGGCACACUCAUCACAAUAACUGGGCCGCACUUGGAUGCUGGGAGGACCAGAAAAGUUACUCUCAACGACAUGCCCUGUCCUAUAAAGAGGUCUGGAAACACAUUGCAUCCGUUUUCAUCCCACUACCACAGGCUGACCCCUGGACUGGACUUGGCAUCCAAGUUAUCAUCCGUGUUAUCGUAUUGGACAUGCUACAUGUUACAGUUGUCGAGGGAUCUGAUUCUGAAAACUCUGUCUCCCUCCAGAGUCACAGAGCCCAAAGGCAAUGUGUCCUCCAUCAUCUGUCUGUCCCAGGCCAUCUCAGAGGUGAGGGACGUCCCCCUGAGCGUUUUUAUCGAUAAGUCUCCCGUCCUCACCACAAAGGUGUUUUACUACAAAGACAACCCGAUGAUUACAGCCGUCCUGCCUGACUGUAGUUUUGACAGGGGGUCGAAGAUUGUCAUUGGGGGGGAGAACCUGGAUUCUGUUUACCGCACUGUCAUCCGCUUUAAACCCAAUGAGAGCCACUUGAAACCUGUGACAAGGGAGUGCAUCGGCAAGUCCUUGCCCACGAGGAUGGAGUGCAUCUCUCCUGCGUUCCCCAGGGAUGAGACAGAAGAAGGACAGCUUUCUUUUGACAUGGACGGAGCGUUGGGACUAUGGAACAAAGAGUUCUCCUACCACCCCUAUGGCGAGCCCAUUCCUUUUGAAACAGAUGGAAACGUGCUGAAGUUGUACCCCGGGUUUGAUGAAGUCUCACUACAUCAUCAAAAGCUGAAUCUGGUCAGCUCCUGUAUGACUAUCAUUAUGACAGUGGCGGGUGUCAAUUGUGACGCUAAAGUCCUGGAUAAUGAGAUCACCUGCAGGAUCCCCAAGAACAUGACCAUCCCCGGGGAGGGCCUGCGGGUGAAGAUCUCCAUCAACGGGCAGGUCCACGACGUUGGUACUGUGGUGAGGGUCAGUAACCACUACAUGGUGGGCAUUGUUUUGGGGAUCCUGGCGGCUCUGGUGGCUGGGGCGGUGCUGGCCUUCGUUGUUAUGAAACACUUGAGAAAGAAGAAGAAAGCCUCCAUGGUAGAGAGCCGUUUGACCCACAGUCCUAGCCGCUCCGGGACAAAUAACAUGGAGCUCUUGCCUGUUGGGGACUACAGGAGAGUAGUAUCACUGAGUCCUCCCACCCCACUGGUUGGGUCGGUGGUGUUCCCCAGCCGGAGCUAUGCUGCAGCCAACAUAGAUCCUGCCCUCACCCCCCUCAUGCCCUCAGAGAAGAUCUCCAUCUCCAGUUUUAGGCCAGAGCUGCUGGAGGAGGUGAAGGAUGUUCUCAUCCCCGCUGAGAUGCUCAUUGUGAAGCACCAGCGGAUCAUAGGGAAGGGUCAUUUUGGCACUGUCUACCAUGGCUACUUCAAAGACCCCAGCAACAGAGAAAUCCACUGCGCGGUCAAGUCUUUGAACAGAAUAACAGAUGUUGAAGAGGUGGAGCAGUUUCUAAAGGAAGGGAUCAUAAUGAAGGGUUUCCACCACAUUAAUGUGCUGUCUCUGCUGGGCAUUCUCCUGCCGCAGGAGGGACUCCCUUUAGUGGUACUACCGUACAUGAAACACGGUGACCUGCGACACUUCAUACGCUGCGAGAAAAGGAACCCCACCGUCAAGGAUCUGAUUGGCUUUGGGCUACAGGUUACCAAGGGGAUGGAGUAUUUAGCUCAGAAGAAGUUUGUGCACAGAGAUCUUGCAGCACGCAAUUGCAUGCUGGACGAGUCAUAUACAGUGAAGGUGGCAGACUUUGGCAUGGCGAGAGAUGUGUUUGAUAAGGAGUACUACAGUGUUCAGGACCACAGGAAGGCUAAGCUGCCCGUCAAGUGGAUGGCAAUCGAAAGUCUGCAGACACAGAAAUUCACCUCCAAGUCUGAUGUGUGGUCCUUUGGUGUGCUGAUGUGGGAGAUGUUGACCAGGGGAGCGAGCCCCUACCCAGAGGUGGACCCUUAUGACAUAACACAUUACUUACUGAAGGGCAGGAGGCUUCCCCAGCCUCAGUACUGCCCUGACCCUUUGUAUAUCAUUAUCCUUCAGUGCUGGGACCCUGAUCCAGAGUUGAGGCCCAGCUUUGCUACAUUGGUGUUGGCCGUCUCCACCAUCCUUUCCAGCCUGGAGGGAGAGCACUAUAUCAGUUUGAAUGUCACCUACGUCAACCUGGACCAGCCGCGACCGUACCCCGCCCUCACAGAGUCUGCCGACGAAAAAGACUCCACAGAUGUUGAGGACUCCGGCUCAGUCUCGUCCUGAUCCCCCCUCUCUCUUUCUGGACUCUAAAAUGGUAUUGGUGCUAACAGCAAGAGCGCAAAAAAGUGUUUCUUACAGCAACGCAUCUGACACAGAGGUGCUGCCGACCCUUCUUUACUGGGCAUUGGGUAAGAUGCCUUCAGCUGGUAUACGUAUCAGUCUGUGUCAGUCUUCUCAUGUUAUGUCUACGCCUACGAUGUUGAGGAACGUGUCACAAUAAGCAGAGCUUUCAAUCUAAUUCGGUGGCCGAUUAGCGUUGUUUUACUACCUACAAAAUGGUGUACUGUUACAGCAGCAAAGUUUAUGGUACGACAUUCCCACAUUUGCUAUUAUCCCUUUUCAAUGCAGUAAUUGUUCUGUAUAUUUUGGAUCACAACCUCGACUGCAAUAUCCUGGAGGCAAUCUGUUAUCACCCCGUUGCUUUAAUUUCUGACACAAUGUCUUUAUGAUGUUGUUAUAAAUUUAAAUAUUUAUUUGUUUAUAGAUUUAUUUGAUUUCAAGUAAAUAUGAAAUUUCUUGCAAACCAUGUACAUUACCGGUUAAUUUAUACACAGAAAUCUAUCCUGUAACUGCUCUAUGUCAUUUGUCGCAUUCUCCACUAGAGGGCAGCAUUCUGUUAGAAGACCUCUGUGUUUCCGCUGCUCAGCUUCUGAAGAAGGUCCAAGCCACAUGAAUGCCGCAUUCUUGAUGUGUGCAUCAUUUAUGACCCAGGUUUUUUCCCUUCUCGGAAAACCAACCAAAAAGCCCUCUGGAUGCCACAGACCGUUUUGCAGAAGAGCAAAUGAUUGGACUUUUAGUGAAAUGAGUGGAAGAAACAACCAACCAAUCUGUCAAUAUAACAAAUAAACCAAAUAAACGUCUCAGCAACAAA